AUGUCGUUCCUAGGUGGCGCCGAGUGCUCUACGGCAGGAAACCCGCUGACGCAGUUUACAAAGCAUGUCCAAGAUGACAAGUCUCUGCAGCGAGACCGGCUCGUCGGACGCGGCCCGGGAGGUAUGCAAGAAGGCAUGCGGUCUCGAGGUAUGAUGGGUGGACAAGAUCAGAUGAUGGACGAAUUCGCCCAACAACCCGGGCAGUUACCGGGCGCGGCCCCCCAGCCCUUCGCGAUGGACCAACUGAGACGUGAACUGGAUCAGUUCCAGAACGCGCCUCCUCGAACGGGAUCUCCGGGGUGGGCGGCGGAUUUCGAUGCCGGCGAGCAUGCACGGAUGGAGGCCGCCUUUGCCGGUCCCAAGGGACCCAUGAUGAACGCGCCCUCGGGCUUCACACCGGCGGAAUUCGCCCGGUUCCAACAACAGAACAGAACAGGCAUGCCCCAGGCGGCUCACUCGGUGGCUUCGGCUCCUUCCCCGAUGCUGGCGGGUUACCAGCGUCCCGUGGGUAUGGGGUACAUGGGUAUGGGUGGUAUGGGUGGUAUGGGCAUGAUGCAUCAGAACUUCGGGCCGAUGGCCAUGCACCAGCAGCAACAACAACCGGCCGAAGCGCUUACGCAGGACAAGGGCAAGGGUCGGAUGGUCGAACUCGAUGACGAGAACUGGGAGGCGCAGUUCGCCGAGAUGGAGACGGCGGAUACCCAGAAACUGGAUGAUGCGGCUAACGCUGCUAUGGAGGCGGAGCUGAAUGAGCUGGACAGGUCAGUCCCCACCACCACCGGCAUCGAGGAGAAUUUCGAUGCGUUUGAAAACGUGUGGCAAAGAGUCCAAGCUGAGGCGGCUGUCAAUAGGAAACUGGCGGAGGGUGAGACCGAUUUCAACGUCGAUGAGAACCUUCAUAUGGGCGAUAUGGGUGACUGGGAUGGCUUCGAGACCCUCAAUACCCGAUUCCGCAACCCGCAAUUAGGCGAAUACCUGUUCGAAGAAGACAACGUCUUCCAGAACGUUAACAACCCUUUUGAAGAAGGUGUGAAGAUCAUGCGGGAAGGUGGCAACCUAUCUCUGGCUGCCCUGGCCUUUGAGGCCGCUGUACAGAAGGACCCUCAACAUGUGCAGGCCUGGACGAUGCUGGGAACGGCGCAGGCCCAGAACGAAAAGGAAUUGCCCGCUAUUCGGGCCCUGGAGCAGGCGUUGAAGAUCGAUGCUGGCAACUUGGAUGCUCUUAUGGGCCUAGCUGUCUCUUACACCAACGAGGGCUACGAUUCUACCGCCUACCGUACCCUCGAGCGCUGGCUCUCAGUCAAGUACCCGCAGAUCAUCGACCCCAAGGAUGUGUCGGAGGAUGCCGAUCUUGGGUUUACGGAUCGUCAGCUGCUCCACGACCGGGUCACGGACCUCUUUAUUCAGGCUGCUCAAUUGUCCCCAUCCGGUGAGCAGAUGGACCCGGACGUGCAGGUCGGUCUCGGCGUUCUGUUCUACUGUGCAGAAGAGUAUGACAAGGCUGUUGAUUGCUUCUCGGCUGCGCUGGCUUCGACGGAGUCUGGAACCACGAACCAACAGGAGCAGCUGCAUCUGCUCUGGAACCGCCUUGGUGCCACGCUCGCCAACUCGGGUCGAUCCGAGGAGGCUAUCGAGGCCUACGAGCAGGCCCUGAACAUCAACCCUAACUUUGUCCGAGCUCGUUACAACCUGGGCGUCUCGUGCAUCAACAUCGGGUGCUACCCGGAAGCCGCUCAACACCUUCUAGGAGCUUUGUCUAUGCACCGGGUAGUCGAGCAAGAGGGCCGCGAACGGGCGCGCGAGAUCAUCGGAGGCGAGGGUGGCAUCGCGGACGAACAGCUUGAGCGCAUGCUUCACGUCAGCCAGAACCAAAGCACAAACCUGUACGACACGUUGCGGCGGCUCUUAAUCACACAUGGGACAAUGGCUGUGGUCACAGGCGCCCAAAUCAUCGCCCGGACGCUGCGCGAUCUAGGGGUCACCGUUAUCUUCGGCAUUGUUGGCAUCCCCGUGGUGGAAAUUGCCGAGGAGGCCAUCAACUUGGGCAUUCGCUUCGUGGCUUUCCGAAACGAGCAGGCCUGCAGCUAUGCGGCCAGUGUCUACGGAUACAUGACCGGACGACCAGGUGUCUGUCUGGUCGUUGGAGGACCGGGCGUUCUCCAUACUUUGGCCGGGAUCGGAAACGCGACAGCGAACAACUUCCCGCUUCUUGUGCUGGCCGGCUCGGCCGAAACGACCGCCAUCACCAAGGGCGCGUUCCAGGAACUCGACGCCAUCUCGUUCCUGACGCCGCACACCAAGCUCGCGGUGCGCGCCUCAUCGCUGGACUUCAUCCCCGGAGCGGUCAAGAAUGCCUACCGGACCUGCUGGUACGGCCGUCCGGGGCCGACCUUCGUCGACCUGCCGGCGGACAUCAUCCAAGGCCAGGCGCCGGCGGACGCUUAUCGCCUGCCCCAGCCGGAGACGAUGGCCGUGGCGGCGCCGCCCAAGGCCAGCGGCGACCCGGCGCUGAUCCUCAAGGCCGCGCAGCUGCUCAAGACAGCCAAGGCGCCGCUCGUGAUCAUCGGCAAGGGCGCCGCGUACGCGCGGGCGGAGGCGCAGCUCCGCCGCCUGCUGGACCAGGCGGGCAUCCCCUUCCUCCCGACCCCGAUGGGCAAGGGCGUGCUGCCGGACUCGCACGAGCUGAACGUAUCCAGCGCGCGCAGCGCCGCGCUUAGGACCGCCGACGUCGUGCUCGUGCUCGGCGCCCGCCUCAACUGGAUCCUGCACUUCGGCGAGCCGCCCAAGUGGUCGCCCUCCGCCAAGAUCAUCCAGGUCGACCUCUGCGCCGAGGAGAUCGGCCGCAACGCCGGCUCGGCCGAGCUAGGCAUUGUCGGGGAUAUCGGCCUGGUGGUCGACCAGCUCGUCGCCGCGCUGUCCAACUGGCGCUACUCGCCUUCCUCCUCGACGGCGUCGGUCAACAACAACGACGACGACAACCAACGCCAAACCUUCCUUGACGUGCUGGCCGCCUCGACCCGCAAGAACCAGCAGUCUGCCGCCCAGGCGGCCGGGCGCCGCACCCCCGCACACUCCCCAAUGACGUAUCAGCGCGCCUUCCACCUGAUCAAGUCGACUCUGGACGAGCUGACGCGCAGCGACGACAGCGGCGAGAUCGUGUAUGUGUCCGAGGGCGCAAACACAAUGGACAUCUCCCGCUCAAUCUUCACGGUUGACCAUCCGCGCCAGCGACUAGACGCAGGCACCUACGCGACGAUGGGCGUCGGGAUGGGCUACAUCGUCGCGGCGCACGAGGCGUACAACGCCCUCCCUUCUUCUGCAGCUACCUCGAAGCCCAAGAAAAUCGUCGCCUUCGAAGGCGACAGCGCCUUCGGCUUCAGCGCCAUGGAGAUCGAGACCCUAGCGCGCUACCGCAUCCCCGCGCUGAUCUUCGUGGUUAACAACUCCGGAAUCUACCACGGCGACACAACCUCCGCUGCCGCCUGGAAGACGCUGCAGGACCAGACCGCCCGGAAUGAUACCAAGUCUGUGGCGGCGGACGGUGAAGAUAGAAAUGGAGACGGAGAGGGGAAACGCGGCCUCCGCUCGACUAGUCUGCUGUAUGAGACGCGGUACGAGAUGCUGGCGACCAUGUGCGGUGGACGCGGGUUCCUCGUCCGCACUGAGGAGGAGUUGCUCGAAGCUACGCGGGAGGGGUUCAGGGCUGAUACGGUUACGGUGGUGAAUGUGAUUGUUGAGCCGGGGAUUGGGAAGAAGAUUGGGUUUGCGUGGCAGAAUAAUAGUGGGGGUGGUGGUGAGAAGGGACAGGCGAAGUUGUAG